AUGCUACGCCGCGCGGUCGGCACGACUCUCGCCUGUGUGCUGAGCACCAGCGCCUUCCUUUUACCUCCAAACACCCCGGCGACUGAGGCUGGCGGACUUGCGAUCGACGUCCCGCCUGUCAACACCAAGAGCGUCGCUCUCCAACUCCCAUGCUCCGAGUGCGCGUUCUCCGGCAAGCAAGAGAAGAUUGAAGACGUGGACGCGGAGGACGACGGCUUCGUGUGGAUCCAAGGCGGCGCCAACAACGUCUUGGUCAACAUCACCGUCUCGGAGGAUGGCCAGCACCUUAAGGUCAAUGGCGAGCCUGUCUAUCCACUUGGUCUUCAGGACAUGUUCCAUUCCCCCAAGAUUUACGUCAACCAGAUUCCAUCGUCAGCAUCAUGGGAAGACAUCGAGUCUGGCAAUGCCAAGACCACACCUCUUCAGGUGACGGGACACGGCGUGUCUAUCAUGGAGGAGAACGUUGUCUCGCCCGAAGGAGAUACUCUUAUCCCUAUUAGGCACACUAUCUUUGAACUGGAGAACCAGCCUGUCUCGCUUGACGAAGUCACAAUCCAACUUUUGAAGACCCACAAGGGCGAGCUUCUAAUCGUACACGCCGAGUCUGCGGCACCACCCUCACCAAGACCUGAUGACUUCUUCGGGCCCCCACCAGAGGACAUGCCCGAAGACUUCCUUUUCCCCUUCCCACCAUCCAAGGAUGGUCCUCCAGGCCCACCCCCAGCCGACUUCGGUAAGCACAAGGAGUGCAAGAACCUUCCUGCUCCCCUUUGCAAGUUCCGCAACAUUGUCGAGGACAAGAUUAUGGGAAUGAAGAAGGGUGGUUGCCACGGCCGCAAGGGAGGCCGACCACACAUGGGCAAGCUUCCAGGCCAUAUUAGACCACCCCACUUCCCUCGCCCCAACGGCAGACCACAUCAUCACGGACGUCCUCACCACAUGAGGCCAUAUGGCCACCACGGUCACCACAGACAUCACUUCAUGCAUGCCUUCACUCGCGGUCUCGCUGCUGUUCUUAUUCCCACCAUGGCGGGUAUCGCCGUGGGAAUGACCGUCAGUCUCCUUGGACUCAUGGUGGGACGACUCAUCGGCUUCCUCUGGAUCAAGUUCUACCGGGGUGGUCGUCGUGGAUAUGCCAGUGUUGCUCUCGAUGAGUCGUCUGCUGACAAGGCCGAUACUGAGAAGGAAGUCAUGCUGGGUGAGGAGGCUAUCGAGCCACCUCCAGUCUACGAAGAUGCCCCGGCGUAUGAGGAAGCAGUGCAGGUGCAGAAGUGA